AUGGGUUUGUGUCUGAUAGCACCUCAACUCAUGAUUGCUAUGUUGCUAGCUAGGUAUGUCUCUUCACCUCAGCGAUGUAUGCCCCCUAGCUAGCGGGACAUCCACAUACCCUAUGAGCUAGUGUGCCCCACAUACAUAGGUGUAGCGACGCUCUCUCAAUAACUUAAUCAUUGUUCUUGAGUGUGACCCUCUAGGCUAGAUUCUAACAGUCGUACAGCAACACAACUAUCCAAAGAACACGACAAUGUGAGCGAUGACCAUCUACGAAAUUCACAAGGAGCCAGCUUGCUUUGCAAUCAAGAAGUCUGUUUAGCUAAGUUAAAGUUAUUCGGUUUGUUUCUAAUUAGACUAAUCAUUUCUAUCUGGCGCUAAUACAUGCGAAGAUUUGCUGCACGAAGUUCUAGGGCCUUCAAGCACUCUUCUAUUGAUUUCUCUUCAGAGAUUCAGCAAUAAAUAUUUGGUCUGAAUCCACAAAAAGAUUGUGAGGGGAUUACAAUCUAUCAUCACGAACUGCCCAACCAUGAGCAACCACAACGAUCCUACGAGAUCGGAUUUCUCUAAAGCUCGUACAGCUCCACCAGGAAAGCCAAGAUGUUUUUUGACGCAUCUUCUCAAUCUCGACAUUCGUGUUCGCAUUUACAAACUCCUUACAAAUGAUAUUCUUGGUAGAGCCGAGAGCGUCAUCGAAGAGCUCUACGACCACCAAAAAGCCAAGAAAUAUCUGACCCACGACCAAGAGCUUUGCAAGCAAGAAACUCCACGAUACAAUCUUCACCCGGCGAUUUUACAGACAUGCAAACUUGUCUAUGAGGAGGCAGUGGAGAUACUCUACAAGGAAAACACGUUCUUCGCUGCCUGUUUCACGAAGUAUGGGAGUAGAUACGGCUCAGCGCCUCCAUGCGCCAUCGUAUCUCCGUUGACGAGAAACUGGAAGUUCUCGUACCAUCCCGCCAUGAGCAGCACCUAUAUAUCCAAAGAAAUAUCUCCAUCUUUUGAGAAGGUCCGCAAAUGGAAUAUAUUUUUGAAUCCUGAAGAUAUCCAACACAACUCAGAUGCUGGCAUUAGAAGCUUAUGCCAAACGAUUUGUCCCGGAAAUCCAGAGGAGAUAAGCUUUAUAAUUGACACGCCAAAACCAUGUGGAGAACUCGUACCUAUUGAGCAAUUGAGAAUACAAAAUGGCUACCCAGAAGCUGUGUUUUACGCUUUGAAUUAUUUCCCACAAUAUCUGAGAAAUGUAGGAGUUGUUACAUUUAGAAUGGGAACACCAGAGGAUGUUGUGGACAACGCUUAUAUGGAGAAGCUGAUCGAGAAUCAAAGGUGGAUUGACCGAUAUGGAUUGACGAAUAAGUACAUCGGCGUGACUCUUGACGACGCUGGAUUGACACAUGCUGUUCGAGAGGGAUUUACAGAUUGCAUAACAGCGGCCACGCCAAUUGAACACUUGUUUCUGAUGUUCAAAAUUUUAUUGUGGUUCUGCCGGUCCUUCGAAUGUCACGAACCUUUCAAGGCACAGAUGGGUCUGACUGCAGAUGGGUUACUGGACAAUCUUAACAACGACAUGGACUUUGCGGAAGCAAUGCCUCUCUCGCUAACUGAACAUCCAUAUCAAGCAUAUCUGAAACCAUGCUUCCGAGAUAUAGUGUCUUUUCUCCGUACUGCAAGACGCUGCGUCGAUGAAUUUGGUAGCACACGGGAGUUUCGUUGGAACCGUAGAGAAAUAAUCGAAGCUCAUAGAGAGCAUUUCAAUGGGAUCCAAGCAGGCAAAAUCCAGGUAGAAAAUUAUUGCGCUCCCUUCUUUUCCCAGAAGGAGAGACAGGAGCAAGCUACCGAGCUUGACAUGAAGAUAAUAUACGACUUGUUGCAUGCAUGGUGUGCCUCGUUCUGCAGAUACGGCUUUUUUAAGGAUGAUGCGAAAAUCAAGGAUCGAACGAUCGAUCAGGAAGGGAGAGAAUUGAGACAAAUCUUGCAUAACCUCCCACACGAGAGGGCAUUACAGAUGGCGGUUAAUCACUACAACGCAAAAGAUAAGGGGGGUUUCUUCCAAGAAGUGAAUAAGAUCUAUGUUGCGUUGGAGAAAAGAUACACAGACAUUGAGGCGGCAACAAAUGAGCUCUACAGCCAUGACUUAUUUUAUUACGAGGAAGAUGAAGGAUACCAAAUAAGAUAA